AAUUGACAAUGACACCCAGCAGGUCUGCAUGAAUGAUUCCACACCAUAACACUGACAGCUGGCACAACUUACUGAGCUCCUCUCAAACAAUUCUGCAAAGAGGAAUGGAAUCACUCCAAGUUCAGCAACCUAGCAAUCACAGUGACUUCAGCUGCCCCAUCUGUCUCCAAACAGUGACUCUCCCAGUAGAAACCAACUGUGGACAUCUAUUCUGUGGCUCUUGUCUAAUUACAUACUGGAAACAUAGUCCUUGGUUAGGAGCAAUAAUCUGCCCUCUCUGCAGACAGAAGGUGGUGGUUCUGGUUAACAUCUCUUGUGAAAAGCUACACGAUAAGCCAAGUAAACAGAUUGUUCACGACAUUAGAGCGUACAACAAGCGUUUCUCAGGGCAACCUCGACCCUUUGCAGAUUACCUCUAUGACAUGCCGUUGUUCCUGACUCUUGCCUUGCGAGGAAUCUUCACCUGGAGUGGUCUCAUGUGCAUUUUUUUCCUAAGAGUUGUUGUCUGCUCCUUUGGAACAAUCAUAUGCUUAUCGUCUCCUUUUGACACGAUGCCUGGGCCUCUCUGUAGAACACUUGGAACAGCUGAUGACAUGGUGGUUAUUUCCCUUCUUUUCAUUUGUGUGAUAAACAUUUGUCAGCAAAUUGCAACAAAUGGGGUAAAUAUGGCAAGGUCUGCAGCUCAGAGCAUGCUGUCAGAAUCCUGAGUGACUCAAACUUUGAUUUCUCAGUCAAACUCAAACAGUGACAGGCUUCUCCUCCAUUUGGGGCAGCAUGUGAUGGAUUUGUCAUUCUGCUGCAAAGACUGAAGCAGGACUCAAGUGAUAUUUGGCAUGGCCAAGUGAUUCGAUGUGCAAUUGCUUAGAAGGCUGUGCCAUUGUGUAUUUACUAGACUCUUUCAUGCUUCAUGUGCCUCCAACUUAUCCUCAUACAAAGUGCCUGAAUUGAAAAUGGCUAAGCCUAUCAGCAGGACCUAAAAUUACAACGCUGGUCAACUUGCAGUUGAGAUUUUUAGAACUUUUAAGCUUUGACAUUUCAUGUCUUGGUUCAGUUUGAAUACGAUUUAAUUUGAGAAUUUAGCAAAAUGCUGUUUGCCAGGUCUCAAGUAACACAAGUAACGUUAGAUAAUACCUCUGCAAAAUCUUGUGUUGGUACUUUCUGCUAUCACAGCUGAUUACAUAUCCAAUGGAAUACAGAUUUUUACAGCUCUGCUAUGAGUACAGUCCUGAUUUUAAAAUUGGACAAUAUGAACCUGAUAGUAAUACUGUAAAAAUGCAACUGUAAAAUGUAAGUAUUACAAGGGGAGAAUGGCAUAUAAGGAUCAUGCAAGAAGUGUGGGCAAAUCUCUGUGUAAGUCUUUUGUCUAAAGCUACACAAAGCAUACAGCUUUGGUGAACUCUGUUCUCUUAAGCUCUAACAAAGUCAGUAUGAAUGGCUGUUUCCUUUGUGGACUCCAUACACUCCUUGUGUUUUCCUUGCAAGCCUUGGUACUACUUUAGGGAGAGAUAAAGGCUACAUUUCUGAUGAUAAAGAAGUUUAUGGAAAAUCUGCUGAAGUUGCUGUGUGUGUUGAGUGUGACAAGUUAAAAAUGCUGGUAGAGCGCCAGACAAGCCUAAGCAUCUGUCACUGUACAGUCUGUACAUUUGUUAUGUAUUUGGAGUCAGUGAACCUCAUUUUUACAUAUGAGUUGUAUAUUAAAAUUGAUAUGUUAAAAUAUAUGAAUAUUUAUUGUUCACAAUA